AAUCAGCUUUGAAUAAAAUCAAACACUAGAAAAUCGAAUGCGGUUGUUUAUAGACGUUCGCUGUUUUUUUUAUUAUUAUUUAUUGUGCGUUUCAAUUCUUAAAGUCGAAUCAAGUCAAAGGAAAAAUUUAUAUUUUGAAAACGAAAAGAAAAACAAAAUGUGGAUGUUACUAUUCCAAAUAUCGGGUGUGUUCGUUCUGAUUUAUUUGUAUUUGGUGUGGAAUUUUCAGUACUGGAAAAAUCGUAAUGUUCUGAGUGCAAAAGCAUAUCCGAUAUUCGGUUCGUUUCCGAAAUCGUUUAUGCAACAAUUAAACAUUUGCUACGAACAAAUGGUUGUGUUCAAGCAAUACCGUGCUAAAUCUCCAUUCAUCGGUAUUAUGUCCGGCCGUACCCCACAACUUUUGAUCCUCGACAGUUCAACAGCCAAAGACAUUCUAGUGAAAGAUUUUAAAAAUUUCCAUGACAACGAAGUGGCUUCACUUACCGAUAAAGAAAGCGAUCCGAUAUUUGCUCGGAAUCCAUUUAUGCUUGCCGGAGAGGAAUGGAAGGAGAAACGAGCCGAAAUUACACCAGCAUUUACUCACAGCAAACUGAAGGCUAUGUACCCGGUUAUCGAUGAUGUUUGCACGAAAAUGACAAAAUUCAUCCACCAAGAAAUCAAGAAGCAGCAUCCUGAUGGAAUCGAUGCAAAAGAGUUGGCUGCCAAGUACACGACUGAUGUUGUAUCGAGUUGCAUCUACGGCGUCGAUUCGAAAGCAUUUUCUGAUGAAGAAUCUGUCAUCCGCAAAGUGGGCUCGACCAUAUUCGAGCCAAAUAUUAAAUUUAUCAUCUACUUCUUGCUGAUUCAAAUGUUCCCAUUCAUUACAAAAAUCUAUCGCAUGGCGUUCGUGAAGAAGGAAACACAAGACUUUUUCAUGAAAUUGAUGGCGGAUGCAAUCAAACUGCGAGAAGAUCAAAAAAUCGAACGGGACGAUUAUCUGAAUUAUUUGUUGCAGCUUAAGAAGAAGAAGAAUUUGCCAGAUAUUGAAGUGGUGGCACACACUAUAACCUUCUUUUUAGACGGUUUCGAAACGUCCAGCAUUGCAAUUGCACAUAUGUUGUACUAUCUGGCAGCAAAUAAAUCAACUCAAGACAAAUUACGAAAAGAGAUCAAUGACAAUAUCGGUGAAAAUGGACGCAUCGAUCUGGAUGUGUUAAAUGAUAUGCCGUACAUGGAUCAGGCUUUCCACGAAACACUACGUAAGAAUCCACCUGCUGGAAUAUCUUCGAAAGUGUGCACCAGUGCAACGGAGCUAACCGACUACGAUGGUAAUAUCAUCCCCGUCGAGAAGGGAACGAUUGUCCAAAUUCCAAUUUACUGUAUUCACCACGAUGAACGGAUUUAUUCCGAUCCCGACACAUUCAAUCCGGAUCGCUUCAGUCCAGAAAAUGGUGGACUGAAGGCUUACAAAGAUAAAGGAGCUUUUCUUGGCUUUUUAGAUGGACCCAGACAGUGUUUAGGAAUGAGAUUUGCAUUGGCACAGUCAAAGGCAGCUGUAGCUGAGAUCAUAAGAAAUUUCGAAGUUACAGUAAAUCCAAAAACGCAGGAGCCUCUUGUACUUGACCCUAAAGGAUUUCUGCUUCUACCCGUUGGUGGAUUGUGGCUCAAUUUUAAGUCUCUGUUAAGUUUUAACAGCUGAAUAGUUCCAACCAGUGCCGCGUAUAUAUUUGUCAUUGAAAAAUA